AUGGAAGUUAAUGGCAACAAUGGCAAAGUGGAAGAUUGUAAUGAAAUGGAUCUUGAAGCCAUCUGGAAAAUAAUCAAAAAUAAUAUUAUGGGUCAAGGUUUUACAAAACCUGUAGUGGGCUCUGUGCCCACAGGUGUGUGUAACAUUCUUGCCAUGUUAGUAUCCCUUGUCAUUGAUAGUAUCUUCAAGUUGCACAGUCUUUGUGUCACACUUCCCUUGAAAAAAAGCGCUAACUGGGGAGGUAGCCAGAACAUACCUCUGGUCAACCUGAAUGAGCCUAUCAAAAAAUCAGUCAAAAAUACUGAGCAGUUAGGCUCAUUCAGGUUGACCAGAGAUGCCAAAAAUGGCCUCCAGAAUAAAAACCUUCUCAAGGCUCCAGCUUUCACUGAAAUUAGUCCAUACCAAGGGAAGUGUAACACAAAUACAUUUGAGGUACAAUAG